AUGACUUCCUUCGCGGCAUACUCGGCGCACGACUCUCCAGACCACAAUGGAGCGCCUCGCCCCCGUAUGCCCACGCCCAAAAGCUCCGUCUACCGCUUCAAUGCACACCAUGCCACCAUGCCGCUCACCAUCCAACCCUGCGCCAGCCUCUCCCAGCGCAACAGCCCGACCUCUGCGCCCUCGAUGCUGGACUCGACCGCCUCCCUCCAGACCACCCCCGAAAGCAUGCACCCCACCCGCAUAGCGACCUCCUUCCCCUCCGCGCCCUUCUCCCUGCCCGAGGCCUACAUGUCCACCUCGGCCCCGGGGCCAACCUCCUCCCCCGGCUCCAACGCCAUGGCCGACGCCAUGGCCAUCACCAAAUCUCCCAACCUGAUCCGACGUAUAUCCCGCGGCGCCCACAGCCGACUCACCCGCCAGCGCGGCUCCGGCGCAAGCGCGCGCCGCGACCACAGCGCCGGACCCGUCAUCAUGCGUAGGAGGAGCGACAGCCGGAACGCGGUCUCGGAUCCGCGGGAAGCCGCAUGGGACGUGUCGGACUACGAUUUGGAGGGCCCGGACGAGGAGGCGAUUGAGGAUUCGGGCGAGGCAACGACUUCCCAGGAAUGCGUUGUCCAUGGCCUUGGUAUCACCGCCGGUCGGUCAGCCACGGGGACAAUGACGGAAGGCGCUCCUAUCCGUUCCAACGUCCUAGAGCAAGGGACCUGGCUUACCAAGGUCACCGGGAAGAAAACCCAGAGCAGGAGGUUUCGUCUGGACCUUGGCUCUGCGAAAGUGACGUGGGACUCCUCCCGUCCUUCGAAAUCUUUCUAUAUCGAUGAUGUCCGCGAAAUCCGGAUUGGGAAGGACGCCCGGAACUACCGCGAGGAAUUCCAGAUUUCCGCCGACCAGGAAGACCGGUGGUUCACCAUCAUCUACUCAGACCCUGAGAUGAACAAGGGCAGGUCCAUCAAGGCCAUGCACCUGAUCGCCCCCAACAACUUCCUUUUUCAGCUCUGGACAGGCACUCUCGAGGAAGUCUCUCGCAGCCGCAUUGAGAUGAUGGCCGGUCUUGCAGGCACCGGCGAGAAGACUGCGAAAGCCCUGUGGCAGCGCACCUUUGACCGCCCCAAAGGCCACGAGACCCCCGAGGAAGACCAAAAACUCGACUUCCCUAGCACCGUCAAGCUUUGCCGAAGUCUCCAGAUCAACAGCACAGAAGAUGCAUUGCGUUCUCAGUUCAACAAGGCUGGCGAGCAGUCGGGCUACCUGCGUUACGGCCAAUUCUUGACUUUCGUCCGUAAGCUAAAAGAGAGGCGUGACCUAAAACCGAUUUACGACUCAGUCAAAGGCGCCAACGCUGAGUUGUACUGGGGCGAUUUCGAACGUUUCCUGCAGGAGCGGCAGGGUGUUGACGUGGCUGCCGAUCAGGAAUAUUGGCAGACCGUUUUCAAGAAGUUCGUCGGAAAGCCGAGGAACAACUCCGCAUCUUCGCUUAACGGCGAUGCAUGUCUGGGGAGCAUGAAUUUUCAGGCAUUUCAGGCUUUCAUGACGUCCUCAGCAAACCACGUCCUCGCCACGCCGAGAUCGGAGCCCAAGCUGGAUCACCCGCUCAACGAGUACUUUAUCUCGAGUUCGCACAACACCUACCUCCUUGGACGCCAGGUUGCAGGCCACUCCAGCACUGAAGCAUACAUUGUUGCGCUGCAAAAAGGAUGCCGUUGCAUCGAGAUCGAUUGCUGGGAUGGCAGCGACGGUCGCCCGAUCGUCGUUCAUGGUCGGACGCUGACCACCCAUGUGCUGUUUGCCGAUUGCAUCGCGGUCAUCCAAAAGUACGCGUUCGUAUCGUCGCCGUACCCGCUUAUCAUUUCUCUGGAGGUUCACUGCAACCCAGAGCAGCAGGCUCUCAUGGCUGAGAUCAUGAAGAGCCAGUUUGGCGACCAGCUCCAGCAGGAGCCUCUUGACGACACUCAAGUCCUUCCGUCGCCAGAGCAGCUCAAGAACAAGAUAUUGAUCAAGGUCAAGGCCUCGGAAGAUGCCGACGACAAAGUCACCCCGAGCGAUACGCCCAACUCUCGCAGCAGGCAACGGAGUUUCAGCUCUCCCUUCUCCAAACCCAUCAACAUUGACAACAGCCCAAUCCCCGACUCUCCUUUGCUCUCGAGCCCGCCCUCGUCUAGCCCCCCGGAUCGCGUUACCCCGUUUUGGCAAACGCCGCGUACGUCUGUAACGUCAGCGGGUGCUAGCCUGCAUAGCUCGGCAGAGGACAGCGACAGUCCGCCUGCUACCUAUGCAGAGAAGAAGAGAAAGAAAAAGACCAGCAAGAUCGUCAAAGUCCUCGGUGACCUUGGUGUGUACACGCGGGGCAUCAAGUAUUCUGACUUCAAGUCCGCGGAAGCCAAAACGUACAACCACAUCUAUUCGUUCGCCGAACGCACCUUUGAUGGCCUGUGCAACAAGGAAUCUUCCUCCUCCAAGGCGGCACUCGAGGAGCACAACCUGCACCACCUUAUGCGCGUCUAUCCGUCAGGCUAUCGGAUCAAUUCGUCCAACUUCGACCCGAUCAAAUUCUGGCGCCGAGGAGUGCAGAUGGCGGCGCUGAACUGGCAGACAUACGACUUGGGUCAGCAGAUCAACGACGCUAUGUUUGCGGCGGGGAACGACAGAACCGGCUAUGUGCUCAAGCCACAAGAGCUGCGUCAGCCUAGGGAGCGCGAAAUCGUCAACGGCGAACACAAACGCACCAAGCAGCAGAAGAAGCUUGUCAAGUUCUCGGUUCACAUCAUCUCCGCGCAGCAGCUGCCGCGUCCCAGCGGCAUGAAAGCGGACGCUUCGAUCAACCCAUACGUUGAGUUUGAAAUGUACAGCGCCAACGACAAGUCCCGGGGUGCCGCAAUAGGCGAGGGUGGAAUGGACGCGUCAGCGCGCAAUGGCGUCUCGGGCAUUGGCGUCCCACUUCGCAAGCGCACGCCUGUGAUUGAGGGCAACGGCUACGACCCGAAUUUCAAUUCGCUGCUGUCCAUGAGCCUUGAAACACGCUUCCCGGACCUUGUGUUCGUGCGCUGGACGGUUUGGAACUCGACCGAUAGCAAGACGGCCAGCUCGAGCAGCGUGCCUCUUGCGACUUUCACUGCCAAGCUCAGCAGCUUGCAGCAGGGGUACCGACACCUUCCCCUGUACAACACAAACGGCGACCAGUACAUGUUCUCGACGCUCUUCUGCAAGAUUGAGAAGGCCGAAAACGUGGACAUUGAGCAGAACAUGCAGAUGCAGCACCAUUUCGCCACUGCCGCUGCAAACGCAUGCCAGUCGGAAUCGCCCAGUCCUCCAAUGGAAGCCACACGUACCAGCAAGAGGGACUUAUUCCAGCGCGUAUUCUCUCGCACGCCCUCCGGCCACAAACGCAAAGAGAAAGAGUCUCGAGAGCGCGACAACGAUCGUGACACACUCGCCACGAUAAGCCGCAGCUCAACCAUGGAUUCGCUGAAAUAA